UGAAUUGACGUUAACCAUUUCAAUAACUUAAAAUCUUUGAUUGCCAAGAAUAUUAAAAGUUCAAAAAUUAUUUGUAUAUUAAUGAUAAUAACAUUUAUAAAAAAAAUAGAUAAUAUAAAAAAUAGAAACUAGUUAUGAAUACUUGUGAUCCUUGGUUUACAUUAUUCUUAUUAGAUCAAUAAGAUACCUGCACAUAGCAAACUACUGUAAUGUUAUAAAAAAAAAUUUUUUGGUUUUAAUCACUACUGUGAUAAGUUCACCUUCACAGAAUGAUUUAAAAACGAUAUCAGAGAUCUUGGUGAUAACCACAAUAUUUAUAGGCUCCAUCGUCAUACUUUUGACUUCAGUCUGUCGUUUUGUCCGGCACAGUAAACUACAAAUUAGAAUAUAUGGAAAACUAUACUAAUAAAUAUCAUAUUCUAAAUUAAUUGAUUUAUUGUUGAGGAUAAAGAAUGUCUUGAUACAACGAUCAAUAGUGAAAAUUGUGACAUUCUUUUCUAAAAAAAACUUUUCGGUAACGCAAUGUUGUAUUUUAAUUUUUAAGAAAUCGUUAUAACAAAAAGGCUACGUAUUACUGAUGCUUUACAGUAUCCUACGAAGAGUAUCGUAAUUAUCAAAGAAUAUAAAUCAAUGAAAACUUCUUCACUAAUUUUGCUAUUCAAUUGAAGAAAAACAACAUAACCAAAUUAAUUAAAAGACAAAAUCAAUGACGACGAAGAUUGUGGCAACUGUAGCAGCAGCACCAUAGAUAUCAAACGAAUAUGACAGAGAUCAGUAUUAAAUUAAUUAUCGCACCGAUUCUUAUAUCUGCCUUAACUUACUUCCAUUAUCAUCUAAUAGACCCCGAAAAUCAAACACAAGUUACGAAAGAUCUAUUAAAGGACUACGAUUUCGUAGUGGUCGGCGGCGGUUCAGCUGGUAGCGUUGUUGUUAAUAGAUUAACGGAGAAUCCAGAAUGGAGUGUUCUUCUUUUAGAAGCAGGUGGUCACGAAACUGUCAUCUCAGACGUACCGGCUUUGUCAACCUACUUGUAUAACACCAAAAUGGAUUGGAAAUAUAGGACUGAAAACCAAGAUAGUGCUUGUCAAGCGAUGAAAGACAAACGUUGUUGUUGGCCCCGUGGAAAGGUAUUAGGUGGUUCAAGUGUACUUAAUGCUAUGCUGUAUGUUCGUGGGAAUCGUCGUGACUACGAUCAAUGGGAAAGCUUUGGUAACCCUGGUUGGGGAUACGACGAUGUACUCCCAUACUUUAAAAAGUCACAGGACCAAAGAAACCCAUAUUUAGCUAGGAACACCAAAUACCAUAGCACAGGUGGUUAUUUAACUAUUCAAGAGUGUCCUUAUAAGACGCCACUGGCUCCAGCAUAUCUUCAAGCUGCAGAAGAGAUGGGUUAUAACAUCGUGGAUGUAAAUGGCCAACAACAAAUGGGCUUUGCAUUGCCUCAAUAUACAAUGCGCAAGGGCGCUAGAUGUAGUGCAGCCAAGGCAUUCGUGCGUCCCAUCAAAUUUCGAAAGAAUUUUCACCUAUCGUUAUGGAGUCAUGUCACGCGUGUUCUCAUAGAUCCAAGUACCAAAAGAGCAUACGGUGUAGAAUUUAUUAAGAAUGAUCGUGUUGAGACCGUAUUUGCGAAGAAAGAAGUUAUACUUUCGGCAGGUGCUAUAAAUACUCCUCAAUUAUUGAUGCUGUCUGGAAUCGGUGCAAAGAAUCACCUCGAAGAUCUUGGUAUUCCAGUGAUUCAAAAUUCACCUGGUGUUGGACAGAACCUUCAAGAUCAUAUAUCCAUUGUUGGUUUAACCUUCCUUAUCGACCACGAGAUCAGCUUUGUUUAUAAUCGCAUAUUAAAUAUAAACUCAAUAUUGAAAUAUGCAAUUACCGAAAACGGUCCACUAACUUCGAGUAUUGGUAUCGAUGCAGUAGGCUUUUUAUCAACCAAAUAUGCUAAUCAGACGGAUGAUUGGCCUGAUAUAGAGUUCCUAAUUACCUCCGCCACUAUAAAUAGCUCAGGUAAAGUACCAAAAAAUGCUUUUUGCUUAAAGGACAAUUUUUACGAUGAAGUCUAUGGAGAGAUCACAAAUCGUGAUAGUUUUCAUAUCAUUCCUAUGAUUCUAAGACCUAAAUCUUUAGGUUAUAUACAUUUAAAGUCAAAAGAUCCACUCGAUUACCCAUUAAUGUAUCACAAUUAUUUAACGAAUCCUGAUGACGUAAAUGUUUUACGAGAAGGAGUCAAAGCAGCAAUUGCAUUUGCUGAAACGAGUAGCAUGAAAAGAUUUGGGACAAGAUUUUACAGUAAGCCAUUGCCAAAUUGUAAACAUCUUCCGAUGUUCACGGAUGAGUAUUGGGAAUGUGCAAUUCGACAAUUCACAAUGACAAUUUAUCAUAUGAGCUGCACUGCGAAAAUGGGUCCACGAUCUGAUCCAAUGGCGGUCGUAGAUCCCUCUUUAAAAGUAUAUGGAGUAGAAGGACUUCGAGUGAUCGAUGCUUCGAUCAUGCCUACGAUCACUAGUGGAAAUAUCAAUGCACCUGUAAUAAUGAUUGGUGAAAAAGGUUCGGAUCUCAUAAAGAAGGAUUGGAUGUUUAGACGAAAGAGAAGCAAUGAGACUAUCUCAGGUUCUUUCAAUCAAUAUUAGAUAUUUAGGAUAGUUCAUCGAAUGAAAGUAAAUUAAAUAUUUUUAUUAUUGCGUCAUAUAAAAUAAUUACGAGAAUAGAUAGAAAGCUUUAAUAACUUGUUUUUAAGGCUUACGUUUCCUAUUUCUUUUUCUGUUGUAAGAAUGGUGUUCUAUAAAAUUAA